AUGGUGGCAUUCAACACUGAAAAACAUGGACAGAAGAUUCUAUUAUUCGCUGAUGUAUUCGCUGAAACUUACGGGGAAAAAAUUAAACAAACAUUUUAUAACGGGCCAUACCCACACGCAAUCGGUACAUAUUACCAUCCAAUUGUGUUUUUAUAUGCAAGUAUAGUGACUUCCGAGGAACUUUACAUUAACUCCGUUGCAUUUAUCAUCAGGUAUUUUAACACUUCCUGCUCUCAUAAGUUACAAUUUAGUCGAUUAUUAAGACGUUGUGAACAAUCUUCCGUUACGUUAGAACACAACGCUCAAUUCGAACUAUGGCAUGUAAGACAUUCCGGACUUGAUUUAGUUAUAAAUGAAAAUAUGUGGAUUAACGUCACAAACUUUUGUAAAAGUAAUUUUAAAAACAAAAUAAUCGAUUUUGAAAAACAUUCAUCAUUCAAAAGCAUUUCGAACUAUAUGGCUGAACGUUUAGGGAAAUCUCCGAUAGUAAAACUCAACAAGUGCCAAACGAUUUGGAAUGGUACAUACUAUCACCCGAUACUGUUUCUGAAAAUGGUAGCCCUGAUCAGCGAUGAAUUGUAUAUUAAAGUAUUUUGUAUGGUUUUUGGAGAAAGCGCUAAUCGAAAUAUUUUGGAAAUUGACCAAGUCGAAAUACUUCCAGUCAAGACCGGAUUAACCGAAGAACCCUCAGUUAUUUUAAAUAAUAUAACAUGUGUACCGUCGGAUGAAUUAUCAAAUCAAGAGUCUGAUGCAAAUGAAUAUCAAAAUCCAUCUACGUCGGCACUCACGGUACACCAAAAAACAUCAGAAUCAGUAAGUAUCGAAUUUUUAAAAAACAAAUUAGAUACAACUGAUCGCUCAUUGAAGAAUACACUAUCGUUAUUGAGUGACACGGACAAAAAACUAAAUCACGUAAAAACAAAAUAUUCAAUAAUUUGGCAAAAAUAUAAGAAAUUGAAAGAAUCGUCGUCGGACCAUGUGCAAAAAUCUAAUAAAACAGUUCAGACUUUUCCAAAACAGACCAUAAACAUCGACACCUAUAAUGUCUGCGAUCUUCAAACGCUACUGAUUGUAAGGUUAAAAUCUGGAACAAUAUACGGGUUUCGAAAACCACUCGAAAUUCUGAUGAGCUUUGUAACACAAAAUAUCAAUUCUAUAAAAUUUUUUGAUAAUUGGUUUUUCAUCGAUCAUUAUUCUACGUCGGAUUUUAGUCGUCUCCAAGACUAUAUGCGCAUUAAAUACGCUAACGAGGAAUGUGAUGUUCAAACAACGGAUUCAGAGUUAAUUGUGAACAAUGCCACAAGUAAUUUCGAAGACAUUAACAAAAGUAUUUUACAUUUUUUUAUAGAUUUUCCUGAAUUAAUUAAAUUAGACAUAAAUGUUUUGAAAAACAAAUUUGAAAAAACUCGAUUCGAAAUAAAUACAUCCAUUUUUCCAACAAUUAAUAAACUCUAUAAUUUUGUUAUCAAUUAUUGA